AUGGUAAAAUAUGGCGGAUACGAUCCGUAUCGAGUGUUCGUAAUCCCACCUCUUCUUCAUUUCGCUGUUGUGGCGAGCAGUCGUUUGUUAGAAGAUGCAUUGUACAAGUUUAGGGAAGCCGGUAGUUUGAAACGUCAUUUAAGAUUGCACACUGGAGAAGCUCCUCACAAGUGUAAUAUUUGUCUUAAGCAGUUUAAUGAAAGGGGAAAUUUGAAAAUUCAUUUGAGAGUGCACUCAGGAGAAACACCAUACAGCUGUGAAAUUUGUUGUAAGGAAUUUAACCAAGCAAACUACACAGUGGAGAAGAACUUCCCAAGUGUGAAAUUUUUGAGACUACACAGUGGAGAAGAACUUCCCAAGUGUGAAAUUUGUUUUAAACAGUUUAGUAGAGCAUCUACUUUAAAAAGACAUUUGACAGUGCACACUGGAGAAAAACCUCAGAAGUGUGAAAUUUGUUUUAAGCAGUUCUCUCUUAAAGAGAAUUUGAAAACGCAUUUGAGAGUACACACUGGAGAAAAACCUCACAAGUGUGAAAUUUGUUGUAAGCAGUUUAACCAAGCAAGUCAUUUAAAAGCACAUUUGAGAGUACAUACUGGAGAAAAACCUCACAAGUGUGAUAUUUGUUGUAAGCAGUUUAACCAAGCAAGUCAUUUAAAAUCACAUUUGAGAGUACAUACUGGAGAAAAACCUAACAAGUGUGAAAUUUGUUGUAAGCAGUUCUCUUCUAAAGAUAAUUUGAAAACACAUUUGAGUACACACUGGAGAAAAACCUCACAAGUGUGAAAUUUGUUGUAAGCAGUUUCACCGAGCACAUAGUUUUAAAGCACAUUUGAGAGUACACACUUUAGAAGAACUUCACAAGUGUGAAAUUUGUUUUAAACAGUUUAGUGAUGCAGGUCAAUUGAAAAGACAUUUGAGAGUGCACACUGGAGAAAAACCUCACAAGUGUGAAAUUUGUUUUAAGCAGUUCUCUCUUAAACAGAAUUUGAAAACACAUGUGAGAGUACACACUGGAGAAAAACCUCGUAAGUGUGAAAUUUGUUUUAAGCAGUUUUCCGAUAAAACUAAUUUUAAAAGACAUUUGAGAGUACACACGGGAGAAGGACUUCACUAGUGUGAAAUUUGUUUUAACCUUCCGAUGACCAACCUUUUUUUCUAACACGGAUGACCAACGGUUGUCAAAAAUGACCCCCGGUCAAAAAUGAAAUUUAGCAAACAAAUUAAGUUAGUUUGAGAAAUAAAAUAAUGUAUUCAUAAUUUUUAUAUUGGUAUUAUAACAAUAAAUGAUGAUUAAACUUUAAA